CGUCUGCAGCUGUGGUUUCGGCUUCGCGCAGAAAUAGCUAGAAAUAUACUAAAACAUUUCUAAGGCUAUCGGACAUGGUUGUACGGAGUGGCUGGUUCUAUAAUGGGCAUGUCACAUUUUCCCAAGGUCAAAUCCUUUCAUCAACAAUUUCUAUGGAUCAGCAACCAGCACAGUGUGUUAAAACUUAUGGAAACGAAUGAAGCUAUUUAAAUUAAUCUAUGUCCUCACGUUUGCUGCACUAGAAAGGUAUAAAAUACCUUAUGGAGAAUUUUAACGCCAGUAAUGAACAGUUGAGCUGAGAAGCGGUUGGCAAAUCAUUGUGGGCUAUAACUGGACACACAAGGAGUUUAUAACACACCCAAUGUUGAUUUGGAAGUCUUGCUUGAGGAUCUCUUUGUGCACCUACAUCAACAUGGCACGAGGACAUGCAACCAAGGUUCUGAAUGUAGCAGAGAAGAAUGAUGCUGCCAAGUCAAUAGCAGAUGUCAUGUCUCACGGUAGAUACAGGAGGAGAGAAGGCUUCUCAAAGUUCAAUAAGAUUUAUGAGUUUGACUACAGCAUGUUGAAUCAGCAAUGUGAUAUGACCAUGACGUCAGUCUCCGGGCAUCUCUUGAACUAUGAAUUUGCUUUGGCCUAUCAGAAAUGGCAUUCAUGCAAUCCUGUGGCCCUCUUUGAUGCUCCUGUGCAGAAAGGAUGCCCAGAGAACUACAAAGAUAUUAAGAGAACGUUAGAGAGAGAAGCAAGAGCGGCUGAUGUCCUCGUCAUAUGGACUGAUUGUGAUAGGGAAGGGGAGAAUAUUGGCUAUGAGGUCAUUGAUGUUUGCAAAGCAGUGAAACCUAGACUGGAUGUAUACAGAGCCCGGUUCUCCGAGAUUACUCCGCAAUCCAUCACCCGUGCGUGUGCGAAUCUUGUCAGACCUGACCAGCGUGUUUCCCAAGCAGUGGACGUUAGGCAGCAGCUUGACCUAAGGAUAGGUGCUGCUUUCACCCGAUUCCAGACCCUACGCCUCCAGAGAGUCUUCCCUGAUCUUCUGCAGAACCAGCUCAUCAGCUUCGGCUCUUGUCAGUUCCCUACCCUGGGUUUCGUAGUGGAACGCUACAAGCAGGUUGAAGCCUUCAUUCCGGAAACAUUCUAUAAGAUCAAAGUAACACAUAAGACUGAAGAUGGCCUGGUUGAGUUCCACUGGAAGAGGCAUAGGUUAUUUGAUCAACUGGCCUGUCAAGUCUUCUACGAAAUCUGUACUGAGAACCCUCUUGCAACUGUUGUUGAUGAGCGCAGUAAACCCAAGAGUAAAUGGAGACCACUGCCACUGGAUACUGUGGAACUAGAGAAGCUUGCUGCCCGUAAGCUGAAGAUCAGUGCCCAGCAGGCCAUGAAGAUAGCAGAAAAACUUUAUACUCAGGGAUUCAUCAGCUAUCCUCGUACAGAGACCAACAUUUUCCCAAAGGAGCUCAAUUUAGUUCCAUUGAUUGAGAAGCAGACUCAGGACGCCCAGUGGGGAGCAUUUGCCGGUAAUCUUCUGCAGCAAGGCCCCCAUCCAAGGCAGGGUAAGAAGACUGACCACGCCCAUCCUCCGAUCCACCCUACCAAAUACAACGGUAACCUACAGGGUAAUGAGCAGAAGGUCUAUGAGCUUAUUGUCAGACACUUCUUAGCUUGCUGCUCUCAGGAUGCCCAAGGAAAGGAGACCAUUGUUAACAUCACCAUCGCCGAGGAGGAGUUCACUGCUACGGGACUGAUGAUCAUAGCUAGGAACUACCUGGAUGUCUACCCGUAUGAGAAAUGGAAUGCUAAAAUCAUCCCCGUUUAUGACAGAGGUCAGACUUUUGAACCCACUUCGCUGGAGAUGGUAGAUGGUCAGACACAAGCCCCUCCCCUACUGACUGAAGCUGAUCUCAUCACCCUCAUGGAUAAGCAUGGCAUCGGGACCGAUGCUACACACGCAGAGCACAUCGAGACCAUCAAGUCUCGGCUGUACGUGGGAGUGCGUCCAGACGGCCGGUUUGUGCCCGGUGAGCUCGGCAUGGGGCUGUGUGAGGGCUAUGAUAACAUGGGCUACGAGCUGUCUAAACCAAACCUCAGAGCAGAACUCGAAUCAGAUCUUAAAAGAAUAUCUGAUGGUCAGAAGAACCCUGAGGAUGUUCUUGCUGAACAGGUGGAUAAAUACAAGCAGGUUUUCAUAGAGGCUGCAAGAAAGGCAACCAUGUUAGACAGUGCAUUGGAACAGUAUUUGGGUCAGCCUGCUCAAUCGCACAAUGCAACCUCAUUACAGGUGAGUGCGCCCUCUAUUGUCCGGAAGUGUCCUCACUGCAGCGAGCCGAUGACCCUGAAGGAGAGGAAAGCUGGGGGAUGGAUGGUUAGCUGUAUGGGGUACCCGGGAUGCAAGGCAGCGGUCUGGUUCCCGGCCGUCAUAGAGUCUGCUGAUGUGUCUGAUACCGUCUGUCAGCAGUGUCAACCUGGACCAGUCAAUAAGAUCAAAUUCAAGUUCAAGAGAGGAUCUGUACCCCCAAUGAUACCACUUGAAUAUGAAGGAUGCAUAGGAGGAUGUGACACAACUCUUAAAGAUGUGCUGGAUCUCAAUCUAGCUUACCUCAGACCAAGAGAUCAGUCUUACCAAGCUUCUGGUAACAGAACUGCAAACAGAGGAGGAGGAGGAGGAGGAGGAAGAGGUGGUGGUGGGGGAGGCGGAAGAGGGGGUGGUGGGGGAGGAGGAGGAAGAGGGGGAGGAGGAGGUGCUGGAGGAGGAUUUUCCAACAGCACCAGAGGAGGAGGUGGAGGUAGACCUGUAGGGGGAAGCUCUGUGGACAUAGAUGAUAAUGAAGCAUCACAUUGGUUCAACUCUAGCAGUGCCCCAUCGUCAGCAUUGUCAUCUUCAUCAUCUACCAGAAAUGGACAGUUUGGAGGUAAUAGGGGAGGAGGAGGAAGAGGAGGAGGAAGAGGAGGAGGAGGAGGAGAUGGAGGAUGGAAUGAUAAUUCUUCAUCAAGAUCAUACUCCACGUCAUCCUUUGGAAAUUCUGCCGCAAGGACUCCCCUUUCUCAAAUUCCAUCAAGGAAUGGGAGUAAAAGUAGUAGUAGUACAAGCAAUGCAGUGGUAUGUAGCUGUGGUCAGGAUGCUGUUCAGCUCACUGUGAGAAAAGAGGGCCCAAAUCAAGGUCGCCAAUUUUUCAAAUGCCAGUCAGGGGGCUGCAACUUCUUCCUCUGGUCUGAAGAAAACACAGAGAAUACCUCAACCCCAGAUCUUGGCAACACCGGUCGAAACAACACAAGUCCCUCAUUCAGUGGUGGUUUUGACACCCCUGCCACUGGCCUGAAUGGAAUGGCCGAUAGAUCCAGUGGGUAUGGAACUGAUGGAGGGGACCAGGGUUCUUCCACUAAUGUCUGGGGGGAGGUCAUGUGCCAGUGCAAUGCAGCUGCAGUACAACGUACUGUACAGAAGGAGGGUCCAAACCAAGGUCGUCAGUUCUACGUGUGUGGCAAACCAAGAGAGAAGCAGUGUUCAUACUUCCAGUGGGCUGAUGAAGAACCCAAGAGUGGUGGUGGUGGUGGUGGUGGUGGAGGUUUCAAGGGAAGCUCUAACUUCAGCCGAGGAGGAGGAAGUGCAGGAGGCCAGGCCAAGAAUUGGUCCUCUUCUUCAUUCCAAGGUGGUCGAGGUGGAAGAGGAAGAGGAGGAGGAGGUGGAGGCAGGGGUGGUGGAGGUGGUGGUGGGCAGGGCAAGAGGAGAAAGCCAACAUGCAGUAUCUGCCAUGAAGAAGGCCACACCAAGAGAUCCUGCCCACAGAAAUGAGUCUUCAAAUACACUUCACAGAGCUGAGGACACCUAUGGAGGAGAGAAAGCAUUCAGUACUACCAAUCCUUCUAAAAGAUCAGCCAUUUUGAAGCUCAAUAAUUGAACAAGAUUUUAUUUCACCUGAUUUGUGGAACAUGCUUCUGUCAGUCAAUGAAAUUGCAAUUACUUUUUGAGAUUUUGUAUUACUUUCAAAUUUGCGAUACUAUGCAAUAAAACACAUAACAUUUUCUAUGAAUAAUAUUUCUUGCUUUUCUCAUAAUUUACUAAAGACAGUAUGAUGAACAAGAAAAUGUGAAGAUGAGUUAAAAUCCACUUCAUAACUCUGUCACACCUCCAAAACCCACUUUAAAAUGCUCCCAAUUGACCAAUUUGUUUUUGCCAUUUGUUGUAGUGUAAAUACUUGUCUCAUCUGUGCUUAAUAGGGCCAAUUUAUAAACCAAAAAAUAGGCACUUUCACCUCACUUUCUUGCCUAAUUAUGAGUGUUAUUAUUAAACAAUUUAUUGAUGACAAAUUGUGGUGGUCAAAUCCUAGAGAUGUCAUGGUCUCGUGAAUACUUCACCGCAGGACUGUGAAUGCCAAGGUGAUAAAAAUACAGCGCUUUGGCACACUAGUAUUAAAGACCGUCAACAGUACUAUGCCAGAAGGGAUUAGACCACACAGGGAGGUCACUGACAGGUGGCUAUCUCAUUAACUCAACUAACAUC